AUGAAUAUAGGUCCCGACCUUAGUAACGCAGAGAUAGUCACCCAACUCUGAGAAGCACUUGAGAAUAGUUUGAGCCCAGAUAACGAGAUUAGACGUAAUGCAGAAAAAUUUGUAGUCGAUUCAAUGCCCAUGAACGGCUUCUGAUCAGCUAUGUUACACAUUGCGACAGAGAAGAAGUAUAUGGAAGGCAGGAAAGUUAAUGUAGCCCAAGCAGCAGCAAUCCAACUUAAAAAUAUGGCAGAAUUCUACUGGAGAUUCAAAAGUGUCGAGCAUGCUCAAUCAGUUACUGUCCCUGGAGAGAGAUAUAUCAUCAUUCAAGAUGAAGAUAAAGACUACUUUAGGAACAAUAUUUUGGAACUUACCCUCAAAUGUGAUGAUGAAGCAGUAACCAGACAGCUGAAUUACGCUGUACACUGUAUUGUCAGGCUAGAUUUUCCAGAAAAAUGGCCUGCUUUAGCAACUCAAAUCCAAGAAUAUAUUUUCCAAGAAGAGGAUGAAAACAAAAUUAUCCUGGGAAUAGAAUCACUCGGGUCUGUCUGCCGUAGAUACGAGCAUGAGUACGACAAAGCAAGGGAUCCUCUUAAUGAGAUCGUUAAUACUCUUUUCCCCAAAUUAGAAGAGAUCUUUGGGAAAAUACAAGAUAACAGCUCAGCAGUGGCAAACUUGAUUAAAUUUAAAAUUGCAGAGUUGUUCUACCUGACCAAUCAUUUGGAGAUCUGCAAGAGAUACCAUGGGCAAGAAGAGUUCGCUAAACUUAUGAAUUUCUUUAAAUUCAUCAUUGAAGGGAACAUUGAUGAGUCAUUAGUUACGAAAACCGAUGAUAGUGAUAUUAUUUUCAAAAGAAAAAAGUCUAAUGAGUGGAAGAUCAAAACUAUAGCUAUGAGAUUUUUCUUAAGGACUUUUCAAAGAUAUGGAAAUUCAAAAAUGUUCGAUGAGAAAGAUGACAAGGAGUUCUUCGAUCAUAUUUGUUCUACCUACAACACAGUUAUGAUUGAUUGUGCUUAUGCAGUAGUUGCUCAGUCACAGGAUUAUUUCAUUUCUCCAGAUUUGCUGGGCUAUGCCAUUAAGGUCUGCACUCAAUCACUGAAAAUACCUAACACGAAGGAUUACUUACUUCCUAAGAGUAAGGAGAUCAUUGAGAAUUACAUGAUCCCGAUGGUGCAGGUGACUAAUAAAGAUAUCGAAGACUUCUAUGACAACCCUGUCGACUUUAUCAGGAAAAUGAAAGAUGUCACAGAGACAUUCUACUCCUGUAGAUACUCAGCCAUCGAAUUCAUUUUGGUAGUCUUGAGCUUAGGAGAAACUCCAGAUCAGGGCAAUGAAACUUUGGAUCAAUUUAUACAAUAUAUUGUCGAUCAUCUGGAUCAAUCCAGCACAGAUAAUGAAGAAGCCUUUAAAUCCAGAGAUGGAUUUCUAUUUAUACUUGAGCAAUUUCAUCUUUUCUUUAGAGGAAAGCUUGACUAUUUUCCUAAAGUUGAAGAGAUCAUUCAGAAAUUUGCCUUUCCUGACUUAAAAUCCGAAAAUGGGUUGGUAAAAUUCCGUGCAUGUAAACUUUACGAGCAAUUAAGUAUGUGUGUACAGGACCUAGAGCACUCAAAAGCAGCAUCUGAGAUAAUUUUUGAGCUCCUAAAAGACAACGAUAUUGCUGUGAGAAUAGCUGCUUCUGGGGCUCUCCAGAAAAUGAUUGGCAAGUCAUCAUUAAAACCUAUUUUCGCUCCUCAGCUAGGAAUCAUUCUGGAAACUUUCCUUGAAAUUAUGAAUGAUUUUGAAAAUGAAGAAUUAGUCAACUCUCUUGAUAGAAUUGUUGAGAUAUAUGCAGACUCUAUUGGACCCUUUGCAAUCCAGAUCUGCGAAAAAGUAUCAGAAAGCUACUGGAGAAUGCUUGAGAUUGAUGAAGAAUGUGCUGAAGGAGAACUCGGUGCAAUGGGAUGUGUCACGAUUAUUAAGACUAUCUUCCAAUCAGUACAGAAGGAUCAAGAUCUUCUUCUCAGAUUGGAGAAAAUAUGUGCAAGAGUCUUCGCACAUUGCACUACUCCUGAUGGAAUGGAUUCUAUUGAAGAUGUAGUCGCUUGCGAAUGCUUGAUCAUGCAUCAUUUCAAUGUAAUCACUGAAGAGAUCUGGGGAAUCGCCCCACAACUAUUGAAUGUCAUCAUUGGCCCUGAUGACGAAGAGGAAGGAGGAUUUGGAUUCGAGCAUAUAAGCUCUAUGGUAGACUUUUUCAGAAAUAUUCUACGUCUUGGAGGAGAACAACUAUGGACAAGAAAAAUCGGAGACCAUGCUUUCAUUGAUGUUUUCCUACACGGUAUGAAGAAAUGUAUUAAGAUUACUAACAACUUUGAUUACUCUCAGACAGGGACUCUCUCAGUGUUUAUGAUCAUGACUUCUUUCUUUGAAAACAACCCAGGACUUAUAGAUAAAGAGUUAUCUGAAUUCAUCGAGUUAACAAUCAAUGAAUUAGUAAAAGAGGAGACAGCUUCCUAUGCUGCAAAGGUUAUGUGCGAGUUCCUCUUCACUUGUCUAUACUACAAUGCUGGGCUGAUGUUCCAAGUUCUGAAUAACCUUAAUGCAAUUGAGUCAGUUUCAAAAGCACUUUUUGGUAAUUUGCAGCAGUUUAAGAGCAUAAGUGCAACCUCCACUGUGAUUUAUGGAAUCACUUCAAUUCUGAGAUUGCCUGUCGGAGAUCUCCCCGGCCCCAUCAAGGAAGAGAUGACAUCUAUUUUCACAGCUCUUCUUGACUUGAUUCAGCAGUAUUCUUCAGCCAAAACAGAAGAUGAGAAGGAAGAAGAGGAAGACGCAGAUCCUUUGGAGAAUGCUCAUGAAGACGAAGAGGAUUAUUAUGAUGAUUUCCCUGAUGGAGAAGAUGACAUUUAUGACGAUGAGCACAUGAUAAAGGAUGCCAUCCUCGGGCUUUAUAAAGGAGUAUUUGAGCUUACUCCAGCUCCAUUAUUCUUCAAACAGGUAUUCAGUGAAAUUCAGACGACUAAUGCUGAGAUGUAUGAGAGUUGAGUCCAGCUUAUCUCAAGUGAUCGUCAAACAACUCUGCAAUCUAUCUUUGAUCAAUGUGAGCAGAGUAGAUAAAUUUAUA